ACCACCCCCCUGAAGUCCUAUAUAUCCCCCCUCAUCGCCCCUCCCAUUUUCUUCAUCUCACUUAAUCUCUUUCUCUCCUGCUCUUGCUUGGAAGCUUCAUUCUAAGCGAAAAUGGCACUAGUUGGUCUGUUCUUGGUGGGUCUUCUGUCUAUGGUGUCAAGUGUUCAUGGUCAAGGAUGGAUCAAUGCUCAUGCCACCUUCUAUGGUGGGGGUGAUGCUUCUGGGACAAUGGGCGGUGCUUGUGGGUAUGGAAACUUGUACAGCCAGGGGUAUGGAACAAACACAGCAGCUUUGAGCACAGCUCUGUUCAACAGUGGAUUGAGCUGUGGAUCUUGCUAUGAGAUUAGGUGCGUGAAUGACCCAAAAUGGUGCCUGCCUGGCUCCAUUGUGGUCACAGCCACCAAUUUCUGUCCACCAAACAAUGCCCUCUCAAACAAUGCAGGAGGGUGGUGUAACCCUCCUCUGCAACACUUUGACCUCUCUGAGCCUGUCUUCCAACACAUUGCCCAAUUCAGAGCUGGGAUUGUCCCUGUCUCCUACAGAAGGGUACCCUGCAGCAGGAGGGGAGGCAUAAGGUUUACCAUCAAUGGCCACUCUUACUUCAACCUAGUCCUCAUCACAAACGUUGGUGGAGCUGGUGAUGUCCAUGCUGUGGCAAUCAAAGGGUCAAGGACUGGUUGGCAGUCAAUGUCCAGGAACUGGGGCCAAAACUGGCAGAGCAACACCUAUCUUAAUGGACAGAGCCUCUCGUUCAAGGUCACCACCAGUGAUGGCCACACUGUCGUCUCCUACAAUUGUGUCCCUGCUGGCUGGUCCUUUGGCCAGACCUUCAGUGGCGCACAGUUCCGCUAAACACUUUGGAGCUGCUUCCCCUAUAUUUAACUAUAGCUUGCUAGGAGAUAUAUAAUAUAUACCACUUGGUAUAGUUAGUAUUGUCAAUUUAGUAUAUGAGAGGUAUACUGUUGUGGUUGGGGUCGAUCUUGGCCUCUUCUUGGGUCAAAAACGAUAAAGGGUUUUCUUUUUUUUAAAUAACCCUAAUCAUUUUAAUUUGAAUAUGUCAUUGUGGCCUUGUAGGGGUACCCUAUUCAAUGACCCCUUAUUCUGAGGUCCUUUUUCAUGGCAGAGGUGGUCUUUUACCGCCCGCCACUAGUAUCUGAAUUGCAAUUUGCCUUAUUAUGAAAUUUUUGCUUGUAAGGUCAUUGUAAUCGGCUCCGGCUGAAUAUGCCCUCAGAUGUUAUGCCUUCCAAGUAUAUGAAACUAAAAGUGUAAAGUUUGAUUAGUAAUGAAAAGAGAGUGCCAAUCUAUUUUAAGCA